ACGGCCAUCCCGGAAGGCUGAGUGCAUCAUCGCCCAACUGUCUCUCACGCACGCACUCUUUCGCCGGCUAGUCGUAGGGUAGAGUAAGUUGGAGAGAAAGAAAGAGAGAAAGAGGGUGUGUGUUCCAGCUCGAUUGGGCAGGCAGUCGACUGUACGCUUACCUCUGUUACGGCCUUGGACCUGGAAGUGUGCGUAUAAAGGCCGCAGCCUCUCGAACCAACAUUGAGCGACAAAAGCACGAACAGUUCCCAACUCAACGUCUUCACGACACAAAUCCGCAGCAUACACUUCCUCGCGAUCUACGACUGCUCGAAGACUGCUUUCUCCUCUCAACUUCUGUCACUUUUCUCAUUUCCUGCUGUUCUUGCGCCAGAGGACCAUUUGCUAGACCUUGUCUUUUCACCAUGGCACCCCAAGACCGACACAGAGCUCUAGAGUCAUCGAACAUGGAGCGCGUUCGCAUGGCUGAGUGGUUCAGCAAAGAAGAUUACACGGUGGCCUGGAUCUGUGCCCUGGCGCCCGAAUUGGUGGCAGCAGCAGCGAUGCUGGAUGAAACAUAUGCGCCACCUGCGGCUUUCCGACAGGACCCCAACGACUCCAACGUCUAUUCCUACGGACGGAUAGGACAGCACAAGAUCGUCGUCGCAUCACUCGGUGCUGGCAUGUCCGGUAAGGUACCUGCGAGCACGACUGCGACCAACCUCUUGCGCAGUUUCCCGAAAAUCCGCUUCGGUCUGAUGGUGGGCAUCGGCGGCGGAAUCCCAGCCCUGAUCGUCGAGGACUCGACCGACGAUAUCCGCCUCGGAGAUGUGGUGGUUUCUAUGCCCCAUGGCGAAUAUGGUGGGGUCGUCCAGUACGACCAUGGAAAGAUCGUCCACGAAGGUCAAUUUGUCUACGCCGGAUCGCUGGGGAAGCCACCGGCUAUCCUCCUGAAAGCAAUCCAGAGCGUCCAGAAACAGCAUGACAUGCGGGGCAGCAGCAUCCCACAACUACUCGGGGAGAUCCUGAAGGAACGGCCCAGGAUGGACGUCAAAUACCGACGUCCAAACACAGAAGACCAUCUGUACCAGGCCGAAUAUGAACAUCCUGCUGAUGCAAAGAACUGCAGCCGAUGUGAUGCACGUCACCUGGUGCAGCGGCCGGCGCGGGAAAGCGACGAGCCCGUCAUUCACUAUGGGCUCAUCGGCUCCGCGGACCGGGUUAUGCUCCACGGCCCGACUCGUGACAAACUCCGCACAGAGAAGAACAUCAUCUGUCUGGAGAUGGAAGCUGCGGGGCUGAUGGACAGCUUCCCCUGCCUGGUGAUCCGUGGGAUCAGUGACUAUGCCGACUCCCACAAAUCGGACCGGUGGCAUGGCUAUGCUUCCAUCGUGGCCGCAGGCUACGCCAAAGAGUUGUUGAAUUUUGUGCCGGAGCUGACCCGGGAGCCCACGGCGGUGGAAUUGAUGUCGGACAUGUCCAAGACGCUGGAUCAACUCCCAGCCCAGAUGAUGAAGAUCGGCCAGGUGUUCCAACCCCUCGCGUCGCCUCCGCAACAAGCCGGGAUCGCAUUUCGAAGAGAUGGGCUUUCGUCCAAGGCGCCAGGUUCCCGGAGUGGCGCCCAACGCCAUGGGGCAUCAUAUUCCGCGCCAGCAGGCCAGGCGAAGAGAAAGCGAGUCUAAGUACUAUCGUGAGCGAACAUGUUUGGGCGCGCAGCGAGAUCGAGAGAGACUAGUUGAGGUCAGCGUACCGGGGCACCACCCGCAGAAGAUGAUAUCCAAUAUGCAGUUUGCACACGUCGUCCGUUCGUCUAUGAUCCGUCCGACAAAUGGAUUAUUCGGUCUCGAGCCGAGGGAACUGUUGGUAGAGAUCAAAGCUUGUGAUGAGAACAUCGUGGUGUCUCCUGGAGACAAUGUGAUAUGGCCAUGAGGCUAGUUAGAUCAAUUUGAUGAAGCUGAGACAUCGGAGAUACGGAACGACAUUUUGAAUUCAUGGUGGUUGGUUGGUUGAACUAGCUAAGAGAUCAACACGUGAAGCAACCUUGAAACGCCUCGGAUCACGUGGACAGAUUACUCAGGAACGCCGGCAGCUGGC